GCAGAGAACAACCAUGGCCCUGCGGGGGCAGCCACACAAGUCGUACCGCGCCUUCCUGCUCGCCUUCAACGUGCUGCUCAUGCUCAUCGCGGGCUCGGUCGCCUCGGUGGGCCUCUUCGCCUUCUCGGAACGCAGGCGCCCUGGGGCCACGUACUUCAGCACGCUGGUGAUGCGCCUCAGCGUGAACCUGGAGCUGGCGGCGCUCGUGGGUGGCGGCGCGGUCUUCUCCGCCGCCGUCCUGGGCUUCCUGGGCGCUCUGCGCGAGAACCUGGCCGCACUGCGCCUGUACGCGCUCGCUAUGGCGGGUGUCGCAUUCGUCGCGUUCGUCGGCACGGCCGCCGUCACGCUCACGCCCUUCCUCGCGAACAACGUCUUCCACAGGUACAUGCAGCCGGACCUGGUGAGGUACUACCGGCACAGCGCCGACUGGGACGACCUGGUGGACCACAUGCAGCACAGCUUCCAGUGCUGCGGCAUCGGGCCCCUCGCCUACCAGGACUGGGACCGAAACGGCCGCUACCGAUGCGCGCCCAGCAACCCCAGCCACGAGCGAUGCUCUGUCCCCGAGUCCUGCUGCCGAGUCAAGAGCGCCGGCUGCGGCAGGAACGUGCUGUCCAAGAGCUGGGACGAGGCGAAGAAGCAGAUCUACGGCGAGAGCUGUGUGGACAGCGUGCUCAGCUCGGUGCGACGAAACGUGGUGGUCAUCGGCGGCGUGGCACUGCUCGCCUCCAUCGGCCUGCUGCUCGUGGUGGCCACGACGCGAGACUUUAUGAAGGGGAUACGGGCCGCCUCGGACGAGCCCCCCCGCAAGGUCGCCAGCGACCACGCGGAGGCAUCGUAUGCACAGGCCAGCCAGGCUUCGCUGAUGCCCCCGCCGCCCUACAGUUACCCCACUUACUACUACCAGCCGCAGUAAAGAGAAAGACGCCUCCUGCGUGUGCGUUUCGUCUGAGCCAGCGGAGCAGUUUCAGAGCAGCCACACGAAGCCAGCACAGAGGAAUUUAUGCGCGUAUAUUAAGCGACGGCUGCUGUUCAUCUGUUCGCUUUCUCGGGUAUGUACGGGGACGUGCAUAUUUCGCUUAAAGUGUUCGAAAAAAGAUUUUGCACUUAGCGCUGCACUGUUAUUGCUCAAAUUCUGC